AUGUCUGGAACUCAUUUUCUACUCGGAAUAUGCACCAAAGAUUAUGUAAUUCUGGCAGCAGAUCGAUCAUGUUUUGCACAUGGAGCCCUUAUUGUUGCCGAUGACGAAGACAAGAAAUUCACGUUAGGCAGUAAGCUAGCGAUGAUAUGCAUCGGUGAAGAUGGUGAUGUAGCACAAUUUGGAGAUUGGUGCAAACGGAAUAUUCAGCUUUACAAACUUCGAUAUGGCUAUGAAAUGAGUCCACGUUCAAGCCAUCAUUGGAUUCGUCGAAGCAUUGCUGAAGCUUUGCGAUCAGAGGAUAACUAUAUUGUCGAUACUUUAAUUGGUGGCUAUGAUACCGCUGAAAAUAAAGCUUUCCUAGGCUCUGUUGAUUAUUUGGGAAAUGCUAUUUCUAAUCAGCCAUAUAUUUUUCGAGGAUUCAGUGGUCGAUUUUCCUAUGCAAUUUUGGAUAAAGGAUACAAAAAUAAUAUGACGGAGAAUGAAGGAUUGGAUUUAUUGAAGAAAUGCCUACAAGAAUCGAAGCGGCGGUUUAUUGUUAAUUUGCCAUUAUUCCAAGUAACAAUUAUCGACAAGGAUGGAACGAGACAACUGGAGGACAUAAGAGUUUGA